UCUUCACGAACUGAAGAUCACAGUAUCCACUAGAAGGCAGAGGACAAAACUGUGUAGAGCAAAACGUCUGUAUUUCCGAUUUCUUCGAGGCCACGAGAGUUUAACAGGACAAGUUUUACGCGGAGUACUACUUAUCAGUGUGAAGACAAAAGGCCUUUUCACUAACGUUUCAGAUCAUACAUCAUCGGAUGAGUUUGAGUAACAUUUAAUCAUGACCGGAAGAGCAAGAGCAAGAUCUCGAGGCCGAGCACGGGGGCAAGACACCAUAGCCCCUGGGGCGCAACAGGCUGCAGCUGCAGCAGCUGCGCCCGAGCCCCCUCGCCAUGUCGUGCCCCCGCCAGAAGGGGAGCUGGUGGGCCGCGGCCGGCAGAAGACAGCCCCUCCGCCAGCCACUAUGGAAGCUGUGGCCCAGAUCUCGGCUGGCUUCCAGCAGGUGAAGAUCGGGGAGCGAGGAGGCCGUCGGCGUGACUUCCAUGACUCCGACGUCCACACGCGCCAGCAGAUGGAGCAUGUGAAGGACUCCAAGUCUGGUUCAUCUGGUUCCCCGAUUGAGCUGCGGGCCAACUUUGUGCGCCUGAUGUCUCGGCCGGAGUGGGUUCUGUAUCAGUACCAUGUGGACUUCAACCCGCCCAUGGAGUCGCGUAGGCUGCGUGUGGCGCUGAUCCAUCAGCAGGAGGAGACACUGGGCCCUGCGCGCAGCUUCGAUGGAGCCAUCCUCUUCCUCCCGCACCGCCUGCCCGACACGGAGACAGUGCUGUGUGCUGAGACCAGACAUGGAGAGAAGGUUCAGAUCAAGAUCACCCUGACCAAUGAGCUGCUACCCUCCUCCCCUGUGUGCCUGCAGUUUUACAACAUCAUCUUUAGGAGGAUCCUGAGGAUUUUACACAUGCAACAGAUUGGCCGCCAUCACUACAAUCCUGAUGACCCCCUCAACAUUCCCCAGCACAGGUUGACUAUCUGGCCUGGCUUCCAGACCAACAUCCUGCAGUACGAGAAGAGCAUCAUGCUGUGCAUGGAUGUCAGCCACAAGGUGUUGCGCAAUGAGACUGUGCUGGACUUCAUGAUUAAUCUGCGCAGGCAGUGCGGAGACCACAACUUCGCCGAGGCCUGUGCCAAGGAGCUGGUUGGCCUCGUCGUGCUCACCAAGUACAACAACAAGACCUACAGGGUCGAUGAUAUUGCUUGGGACCACACCCCCAACAACACCUUCAAGAGGGGCGACACUGAGAUCAGCUUCAAGCAGUACUACAAGACGCAAUAUAACCUGGACAUCAGCGAUGGGAACCAGGUGAUGCUCAUCAGCAAUGUGAAGAAGAGGGGACCAGCUGGAGCCCCUCCUCCUGGCCCUGCCCUGCUCGUCCCAGAGUUCUGCUUCCUGACAGGCCUGACGGAUAAGAUGCGCAAUGACUUCAACAUCAUGAAGGACCUGUCCACCCACACCAGACUGACCCCCGAUCAGAGGGAGAAUCGGCUGAACAAAUUUGUUGGAAAGAUCCAGAAGAGCCCACAGGCACAGAACGAGCUGACUCCAUGGGGUCUGAGCUUUGAGGACAAGCUCCUGAGCCUGAAGGGGCGCGUGCUUCCUACCGAGAGGAUCAUCCAGGGGAGCAGGACGUUUGAGUACAGCCCGUGGGCGGCGGACUGGUCCAAGGAGAUGCGCGGUGUGCCCCUGAUCAGCUGCAUGCCGCUGCAGAACUGGGUGAUGCUCUUCACCCGCCGCAACGCAGACGUGGCCCAGUCCCUGCUGCAGACGCUCAACAAGGUGGCCGGGCCCAUGGGCAUGCGCAUGGCAAAAGCCACCAUGAUUGAGUAUGAAGAUCGCCAGGACUCCCUGCUGAGGGCCCUCCAGCAGAACGUGAGCCCAGGAACCCAGAUGGCGGUGGUGGUCCUACCGUCGAACCGUAAGGACAAGUACGACUGUGUGAAGAAGCAGCUGUGUGUGGAGUGCCCGACACCCAGCCAGUGUGUGGUGGCGCGCACCCUCAGUCGCCCACAGGCCCUCAUGACCGUCGCCACCAAGAUCGCCCUGCAGAUGAACUGCAAGAUGGGGGGAGAGCUGUGGAGCGUCGACGUGCCGCUGAAGCAGCUCAUGGUGGUGGGCAUCGACUGCUACCACGACACGCUGGCUGGGAAGAGAUCCAUCGGCGCCCUGGUGGCCAGCCUCAACCAGAGCUGUUCCAGAUGGUUUUCCAAAUGUGUGCUGCAGAACCGUGGACAGGAGAUUAUUGAUAGCUUGAAGGAGGCUUUGCACGCUGCCCUGAAGGCGUGGUACAAGCACAACAACUGCCUGCCGUCACGCAUCAUUGUGUACCGUGACGGAGUCGGCGACGGCAUGCUGCAGACAGUGGUCAACUACGAAAUCGCUCAGAUCAUGCAGUCCAUCAAAGCCCUUGGACAGGAUUACGCGCCCAAGCUGACGGUGGUGGUGGUGAAAAAACGCAUCUGUUCCCGUUUCUUUGCCUGCAUCGACGGCAAACUGACCAAUCCCCCGCCUGGCACAGUCAUCGACACGGAGGUCACGCGCCCGGAGUGGUAUGACUUCUUCAUUGUCAGUCAGGCCGUACGUAUGGGCAGCGUCUCUCCCACUCACUACAACGUGGUCUACGACAACAGCGGCCUCAAGCCAGACCACAUGCAGAGGCUCACCUACAAGAUGUGCCACCUCUACUACAACUGGCAGGGCAUUGUCCGAGUGCCAGCCCCAUGCCAGUAUGCCCACAAACUGGCCUUCCUGGUGGGUCAGAGCAUCCAUAAGGAGCCCAACUACAACCUGGAUGACUUCCUGUACUACCUGUAGAAGCCUUGAUGACUUCCUGUACUACCUGUAGAAGCCUGGGGCCGCCUUAAGCCCUUUGUUCUGUUCAUGUGUGUUAUUUUUAUAUGUUCUGGAAGUUCUGGAUAGUGAAGCCAUACCAGUCAAACUUUUUUUUUACCUUAGAAAUACUUGAUAUUUACUUUACUGCCUGCCUUUUUAUUUUGUUUAAAUGAUGAGUUUUGAUUUUAGACUAUUUGUUCGUUUAAGUCUGGUGUUGUCAAAUAAUCAUCAUUGGUUGAAAUUGUGUGAAUGCAAAAUACAGAAUUUAACAACUUACUGAAUCAAUUGUUUGGAGGGAAAAAAAGUGACUUUUUUUUUGCAUUAAACUUACUAUUGGUG